AACAAGUGUUGCUGUAGACGAAGGAACUUUGAUUAUUUAUUUUGCUCAGCUCGGCUCUGUUCGGAAAUUCGUUUCAUAAUCAACAGUUCUCAUUUUAGUGCAAGGAGCCGCACAACGAAACACAGCAACAGCUACGUUUUUAGUAGAACUCAAUCAAUAUUCGGGAUUAGCUAAAUUUAUUGUUCAAGAAAAUCGUGCCAGAGGGGAGACGUAAAGUGACCGUGGAAGUCUACACAAUACAAACACAAGUAAAGAGGAAAAUACGGUGCCCCUGCAUACCACUGCCCACCCCCUACCAACUGCCGGACGCUGACGAAUCACGAGCCCACAAAAAACACUUGUCGCUUGUCGCUGGCAUUGUUGCUCCAUUUUGUAUCGAGUGUUCGUAGCAAGCAAUUAGCAACGUCGCAGAAAGUGCCCGGGAGGGUGAGGGUUAAACUAUGGACGAUACCGCUGCAGCCACGACGCCGUCGCCGUCACCAGCGGCUGCUACGGCCGCUGGUUAUGAUGCUGCGCGCGACAAAACAAACGAAGGCGUCGCUGCCGCUGUCGCAGCCAACAGCAUUAGGCUCUUGAUUAAAUCGUCGAAUCAGCAAUACGACGACAUGAACAUCGAGAGUGAUCUCUGCUGGACGGUGCAGAGGCUCAAGAAGCAGCUGUCCCUGGUGUAUCCCGGCAAGCCGGAAAUUAACGACCAAAAGCUCAUCUAUUCGGGCAAACUGCUAGACGAUGCCCAAAAGCUGUCGGAGGUUAUACGAAGCUACAAGGAUGUCUAUCAGCAGCAUCACAUCUUUCAUUUGGUGUGCGCUAACAAAAAUCUAGCCAAGGCGCCGUAUAAGACGACCACGCCUCCAAAGGACACCACAGCUACAGCCACAGCCACGCCGCGCCGCGUGGAGACCAAUACCAAUGACAACGAGCUGAGGCAGCGUCAUAUGGCCGCCGCCGUCGCAGCUGCCGCCGCUCAGAUUCCUUACCAGCAGCCAAGCCUACAGCAAACGAUUGACUCUCAUAUCUGGUUGCAGUUACAAAAUCAGGCUUAUCAAAUGGCAGCUGCCCAGGACGCAUCGACAUCGCCAUCGGCAUCGACAUCCCCAACUUCACAAAUGGCUUUCCAGCGGCAGCAGGUGCUUCUCUACAAUGCCUGGAUCCAGCAGUGGUAUGCAGUCUAUAUGCAACAGACGAUGCAACGCACUAGCGGCACUGGCGGUGUGCUGCCACCAGCAAUGCUGCCUCCCUUUAUGCAAGGCAUGCCUGGCCUAGCCAACAAUAUGGGUGUGCCGCUUGUGGGACAUCAGCCGGUGCCAGUGGCGGGAGCUACUGGCCCUGGUGCUGGGCAACCAAAUGAGGAGGCCGCUGCGCGGCAGCCGGCGGCCCGUCAAGUGGAUGGACUCAAUUUUCCUAACAUACAAGAGGAGCCCGAGAUGCGCGACUGGUUGGAUAGUUUCUUUAGCUUUACCCGAUUGGCCAUUUUUGUAACAGUUUUAUAUUUCAAUUCGUCGCCAAUGCGCUGUUUGCUGGUGGUGCUCAUCGCGAGCGUUAUUUAUCUCUAUCACAUUGGUGUACUUCGACGUCGUCGCGAGCGCAACAACAACAACAUCAACCGCAACAAUAAUGCUGGCGGCAACAAUAUUGCCGCAUUUGCGGCUGUGCAGCAAAUACAGCGCAUGAUGGACGCUGCCGUUGAGCAUGACAAUAAUCCGCAGGCUGCCGCUGAACCGGCACCAGCCGCUGCACAGGAGGAUGCAGCUCGGCCACCAGCGCCAGCUAGCGCUGGUGCGGAUCAGGCCGAUGCUGCUGCUGCUGCCGCUGAGGCUGUGGCUGUUGAGCAAGCGAAUGCCAAUAACUCUGUGAUUUCCAUUGUGCGCACCUUUGUCAUAACGUUCUUCACAUCGCUGCUGCCCGAGGCGCCGGCGCUGUAAAGGCUGACGUCCUACUGCGUCCAAUUCUAUGUGGCCUCUGGAUUAUGUUUCCAUUAUUUCCUUCUUAACACUCCCCACACUUUUCACAUUUAUAAAUGUUAUCAUUUAUGCAUACCUGAA